CAGGUUGGUAGUGGACAGCCCCAACCGCAGCUGGAGAAUCAGUUGCAGGAGCUGAACAGCCAAAUGCUGGAGAUGCGAGCGAUGCUGAAAUCGAAGGGCGACGAGGGUCCCAAAGACGCAGAGCUGACUCACGCUCUCAAUGAGGUCUCGGCGGCCAACGCUCAGAUUCAGACGGCCGUGGCACGGGAGAAGGAUGCCUUGGAGCGGUCCGGACCUCCGGAGGUUAGAGAUCGCCAGCGGCAGGAAGGAUCAAGCAAACCAAAGAAGGGCAAAGCACCUCGAGUUCGCGAGCUUCAUGGCAAGCUGUAUGCAUCUACGGAUGACACCAUUCAGACAGGGCAAAAGGUUCGCCAUACCUUGAUCGAGAGUGCCCUGGUGCGGCAGCAGACGCAGCUGUGUAAGCAGAUGAUCCAGGAGGUGGAAUCCUGCCGACUAGCCCAAUCAGUCAAGCUGUUGAAGUCCAAGGCUGCCCUCAAAGCCUUGAAUGGCAGCUUGAGAGAUGAGGUCGAGAAAACUCGGCAAGAACUGCAAAGUUUAGAGGAGGCGAAGGAAACCAUGCAGUUCGAAAAGCUGUGGGGUCGGUGAAGAAUCCCUGCCUGUGGCAAAUGGUUGGUGACAUCGUUUCACCUGUUUAGUCCAUGUGGUUGGACGAGUUGGUCUCACCGUUUUCGACUUGCCGGGCAAAUGCCACCAAGUCAUGCUCGAAAAUCCCGCCAUUAGUCCAUGGAUGUCACUGCUGCUGCUCGACUUCAGACUUGCAGCAGAUUUUUGAAUAUGGAUGGCUGCC